AUUGUUGGUUAAGCGCGUUAAGACGUUCCCGUUAGUUUUCAAACAGCUAGUUGAAAAAAGUUACUGGAAUUUACCAGAUGCUUUGAAAAAAAGUGACUUCUUCAUUUUUUUCAUUCAAAUCUCGGUUUUUUAUUUUUAUUUUUAUUUUUUUACCCCCCUUCUGUUUCUGUUUUACACCUGCUGCAGUUGAACAACGUGGUGGCAUGGCGGUCAGCUAGCGUCAAUCAGGUGWAGAGAAAGCUGCAGACAUCGUGGAAAGAUCCGGAAAACAUAAGGGAUAACUCCUUAAAUCUUCAUUUUUGCUUUCAGGAUCAUAACCGGGUAAAGAAAACAAAACGUUUUUGUUAAGCUAUUUUUUUUUCAAAUAAGCAGCUGACGAUUUUUUUCCUCUGAAAAGACGGAGGUAACUAGCAUCUACUAGCUUACCAACCCAAGCAGGCAAGAUGAGCCAGGAAGACAUUUUGGCAAAGCUGAAGAAGGAUGUUUGCUCUCUACUCUUAUCCUCCAAGUUGGGUUUGGAUCCUGAGCAGCUCCGGCAGGAUUAUUUCAACAUGUUGGGUCAUCCGAUGCCCCUCAAAGUCUUGGGCUUCAGGAACAUUAUGGACAUGGUUAAGGAGAUGCCCGACGUAGUUUCUGUUCACUACGGGCCAGAUGGAAGUCCAUGCUUGAGAGCCGUGAGCAACGAGAAAACCCGAAACAUCGAAGAGCUAGUGGCCAAGCAGCGGGUGUCUAAGGCUGACCGGAUAAAGAAGCAGCGUUUUAAGCAUUUCUCUCCUCGUUACUGUUAUGGGUUCACCCCUGUGAUCAUCCCUCGAAGAGGUCACGCUCCUCCAGCCCUCCCUGCGCAUCUGAGGAUGCAGCUGCGCCUGAUGCUCUGCCAGGGUCCAGUUAGGUUAGCCGACCUAGAGCUCUGUUACUUGCGCUCCUUUGGCUACCCCCUGCGGGUCCACGACUAUGGAUUUUACUCUACUGUGGAGAUGCUGGUAGCAGCAAGUGACAUGAUUCUAAUCCAGCAAAGCAGGCUGGGCUCACUUCUGGCACUGAGAGAACAUAUGAUGCCGAGGCCGUUGAUCAGACCAGCCAACCUAAUAAGGAAGACUGAACCGAUGAAACCAGCUUUCCUUCCCACAAACAGCCAGGUUUCCAGCUCUGAGCCAACAAAACGUUCAGGUGAAGUUCUAGUGAAAGAGAGUCCUGUGAUUCAGCCUUCUGAGACGAGUCUGAACCCUGUUCAACAAGAGCCAAAUGUCAGUAGCAAGCUAGAAACACACGAGAAGUUCCAUGAAACCAAACCAGUGGCCUGCCAAGAGGAUGAGCACCUUGAGAAACUCAUACACAAGCUUGAGGAGGAGCUUCGUCAACAGAUCCUGGAGAACGGUGUUGCUGGCACCAUUAAUCCCGAGCUGAAGGACAAGCUGCGAAAGGUCGUCGGUCAGUCGAGUGAUGGAUUAUCAGUUCAUGAUCUUCCUACGGAGUAUAAGAAACUCUUUGGAGAGGACUUGCCUUACUCUGAGAGCGGUUUUGUCAGCGUCACUGAGCUCAUUGAUGCCCUGAGUGACAUGUUCCACCUGGAGGCAGCAGAGGGCGACAGUGGACACGACUGGAUAAUAAGGAACAAACAGGACUGUGAUGUCAGACACUCAGAUACAAAAGAAACUGCAGCCAGUAACGACGAUGGAAAGAUGCCAGCUAAGAACUCUUACUUCAGCUCUGACGUGUCUCCUUGGGAAGGCAAACAGGGAGGAACUGAUGGUGACGAAGGGGAGAUGGAGACCACCAUCACUUGUAGAACCCAAGAAAUGGUGUCUGAGUUGUACACGACCGUCGAGGCUCACUGCAGAUCUGUCAUACCCCUGGAUGCCUUGAAGAAUCAGCGCCUCAGAUCGCCAAAGCGCCGCGGUGCUCGGGAGCUGGUCGAAGUCUUGGUGGAGCAGGUGAAGUCGCCUGGAAGUUUCUACAUCAGUUUCAGCGAGAGCAAAGAGGUGCAGGCCAUGGAGAACCUGAUGUUUGAGAUGAGACGAUGUUACACCUGUCCUGAGGUGUCAAAGUGGUACCGCCUCCCUCAGCCGUAUAUCAGAGUGGGUCAGGUCUGCUGCGUUUCACCUGAAGGGAUGUGGUUCUAUCGAGUGGUGAUCCACAGGAUUCUAAACCCCACUCAGGUUGAGGUGUACUACGCUGACUUUGGAGAUAUCACAGUAGUCCAGAGCGACAGCCUCAAGUUUCUCAAGUCAAGCUAUUCGAUUCUUCCAGCACAAGCAGUUCCAUCAGCACUCGCUGGAAUUAAACCCACCUCUGUUAACUGGACUCCUGAAGCCACAGCUUCUUUUCAGAAACUGUGCUCCAAUCGCACUCUAGUGGGUGCUUUGGACUGCUACGCUGCAGACGUGCUGCAGCUCUACCUGUGUGACACACACACUGACCAGGACAUCUACGCACACAGCGUCCUCAUAAAUCAGGGCCACGGGGUUGCAUGCAGCCCUGCAGCUUCUGCAGCACUGUGUGUUCAGGUCACACCAGUGAGCCUUUAUUUCGGAGAGGAUUUGGCUGACCUGCCAGAAGUAGACGAGAAGCUGAUUUUGCCACUCGACUUUUCUGAACCGUCCAAGGAAAGCGCACUGAUUGAAGAGGAAGAGCCACCUGGCCUGGAGCUUAUUGAGGAGAGGGAAGUCAAUGCUCCUUUUCAGGGUAUGAAUGCCAACCCAUUCAUUACUCUAGCAGAUAAGCAAACCCUCAGCUGUGGUGAACAGAUUAAAGCUUCAACAAGUUCAGCCUCGACCCCACUUGCACCUCCAGAUCUGAUCCAGGCCAGAAAAACCCCUCCACUCUGUAAAGAAGAACCUAAAAAAAGUGAGAUUAUGAGUCCUCCACCAGCUCCAUCCAGCUCAGACCCCACCUCCUGCUGUCCACAGGAGGACGCUCAGCCUACAGGAGAAAAUGACGACUCAUCACUCCGACCAUCUUCCAUCUUGAAGUUGCUGAGCCUCCACACUCCUCACCUGGGACAGAUUCAGGACUCCUCUGAAGGUCCUCCGGUGUCCUCUCUCUACCUGCGAAAGCCAAGUAUCAUAUUUCCUGUUUUUGGAGCCAGGUAGGCUCAACAACUUUGAAAUCGUGAUAAUAAAAUCACCACAGCCCUGAAUAGGUAGCUGUUACAAUAGCGUCACGCUGAAAGUACGUAUCUUACUUGGAAUAUUUUUGCAAGAACUGAAUAUUUGUUUUAAUAUAAAUAAGUUAGUUUGAAUGUUAAAUAUUAGUGAGAUCACAGCCAUUUUAUAACAGUUAAGUAAAAAAAAAUACAAAAAUUAAGGUUGUGUUUUCAGAUGGGUGUGCUGAAAGUUCAAUUUUUUAUUUUUGUUGUUUUUUUAAGGACAGUGUAGAAAUGGUUCAGAGUGCUGUCUCAAAAUUAUAAAGUUGGUAUGGGAAUUUUAUUUUGAAAAUCAAACAAUGUAAUACAUUUUUAUUUUAAUUUGUGUACAAUACCAGUAAGUUUAUGUAUAUAUACAUGUUAUUUUUUUGUUCGUCAGUGAAYGUAUUGUGUAUAACGUAACAUUGAAUUAAAGAUUAUAUGGUUUUGCCUUA